AAAAAGCUUCCUGGUUUUGUUGGCUAUGGUGGAGCUCUAGCUUGUAAGAAAGAUAUCCUUCUUGGUCUACAAUUGGCAGCAAUCCAAUGCCGAUCUGUUCUUAUUUUCAAUCGAGGGAGAUUCCACCAUCUUAACAUCAUUCUCCGAUUCCGAUUCCGAUUCCGAUUCCCAGAAUCACAAAUUCCAUCUACUACUAAUCCGUUCUUCCUCAAUGGGUUUGCGUUCAAAUCCUAUUCGGAAGCUCUCUUUCUCUCCUUUUCUCCUCCUUCUUCUUCUCGUUUCUCUGUUUGCCUCCGUUCAGGGUUUUUCUGCGGAAUUUGAGAAAGUGGAGUUGGAUGGACCUAAAGAUCUCGGUCGACGGAGUAAGAUUUCCUUGAGCAACGCCGAUACGGUUGCUGCAAAUAAGGAUGGUGUGGACUCAAAAGAUCUUAAUCUUGACCUGGACUCCAUUGGCCUCGGAGUCUUCGACGCGUUCUUUGCAAGUUUGUCCAUGAUAAUUGUCAGUGAGAUUGGAGACGAGACGUUUAUAAUAGCUGCACUUAUGGCUAUGCGCCACCCCAAGUCCAUUGUUUUAUCUGGUGCGCUCACUGCUCUGAUUGUAAUGACAGUACUAUCAACUGGUUUAGGUAGGAUCGUGCCAAAUUUGAUAUCGAGGAAACAUACCAAUAAUGCUGCUACAGUUCUGUAUGCAUUUUUUGGAUUGCGGUUACUUUACAUUGCUUGGAGAUCCAAAUCGGAUUCAAAAUCUUCCACGAAAAAGGAAAUGGAAGAAGUAGAGGAGAAGCUUGAAUCUGGACAAUCCAAGACGUCCUUCCGCCGCUUCUUUCUGCGAUUUUGUACUCCCAUAUUCUUGGAGUCGUUUAUUUUGACGUUUCUUGCCGAGUGGGGGGAUCGAAGUCAGAUAGCAACAAUCGCUCUAGCAACACACAAAAAUGCUCUUGGAGUGGCUGUGGGAGCCAUAUUGGGGCAUUCAAUUUGUACAUCAAUGGCUGUGAUUGGUGGAAGCUUGUUGGCAUCAAAGAUAUCUCAAGGCACUGUUGCAACAGUUGGAGGCUUGCUCUUCCUUGGCUUCUCCUUUUCUUCCUAUUUCUUCCCCCCUCUAUAACUGUUCAAAUCAUGUCGCUACCACUCUUCAAAUGAUGAUUCGGCCAAUACCCUUCAUGCCAAGAUGGUAAAAAAUGGUUCUAUUUUGUAUUUAGGAAAGUUCGUUAUGAGUUCCUAUGUGAAAUCUGAGAAAUUAGACGAUGCACAGAAAGUGUUCGACGAAAUGCCCCAUAGAGAUGUACUUUCAUGGACGGUACUUAUAUCGGGUUUUGCUAGAGUAAAUUGUUCUGAAAUGGCAUUGCAACUGUUUAGAGAAAUGCUGGUUGAUGGGGUUUGUCCAAAUCAUUUUACUUUGUCUUGUGUUCUUAAACUUUGUUCUAGAGUUGGUGAUUUGCAAAUGGGAAAGGGGAUUCAUGGAUGGAUUCUUAGAAGUGGGGUUAAUUUAGAUGUUGUCUUGGAGAAUUCUAUGCUUGAUUUGUAUGCAAAGUUUGAUGCAUUUGAUUAUACCAAACAAUUGUUUGAUUCAAUGAAAGAAAAGAGUACUGCUACUUACAAUAUCAUGCUUGGUGUGUAUGUCCGUAGUUGUGAUGUUAACAAAUCUCUUGAUUUAUUCAGAAACUUGCCUUGCAGAGAUACGGCGAGUUGGAAUACGAUUAUAUGUGGGCUAAUGCAAGGUGGGUAUCUGAAUACAGCUAUGGAGCUACUUUAUGAGAUGGUGAAGAACGAACCCGAGUUUAACGAAGUUACUUCUUCCAUAGCUUUAAGUGUGGUUUCUUCUUUACUGAUUAUUGAGCUAGGUAGACAAGUACAUGGCCGAAUUUUCAGGUUCGGGCUUCAUAGUGAUGGAUUUGUAAAUAGUUCAUUGAUAAAUAUGUAUGUUAAGUGUGGAAAUUUGGAAAAAGCAUCGGUUAUAUACAGUCAAAUGCCUUCAAAUUUUGGGAAGAGACAAGAUUCGAACAUUGUAUGUAGCAACACGAUGACAGAAAUUGUUUCGCGGAGCUCAAUAGUGUCUGGAUAUGUUCAAAAUGGCAAGUAUGAAGAUUCCUUCAAAACUUUUGUUUCUAUGGUCCGUGAACGAGCUGUGAUGGACAGAUUUACCAUUGCAAGCAUCAUAUCGGCGUGUUCUAAUGCUGGCGUUUUAGAGCUUGGACGUCAAAUCCAUGCUUAUAUUCAGAAAACUGGGGAACAGCUUGAUGCUCACCUAGCUUCCUCCUUGAUUGACAUGUACGCUAAAGGUGGGAGUUUGGAUUGUGCCUAUCAAAUUUUUGAGCAAACGUCUUACUUAAAUGUUGUGACAUGGACUUCCAUGAUUACUGGAUGUGCUUUGCACGGUCAAGGUAAGGAAGCCAUUCGACUGUUUGAACAGAUGAGAUAUGAGGGAAUCAUACCAAAUGAGGUUACUUUUAUAGGAGUUUUAACAGCUUGCAGUCAUGCAGGGCUGCUCGAUGAAGGCCGUCUAUAUUUUAACAUGAUGAAAGAUGUUUAUGCAAUUGAGCCGAAGGUUGAGCAUUUCACUUGUAUGGUAGAUCUUUACGGUCGAGCUGGAUGCUUGAACGAAGUCAAAGAGUUCAUCUACCAGAAUGAUUUAUCACACCAUAGUGCAGUUUGGAAGGCAUUUCUAUCGUCUUGUCGGCUUUACAAGGACAUCGAAAUGGGAAAUUGGGUUUCUGAGAAGUUGUUUAAACUCGAACCACGAGAUGAAGGGCCUUAUGUUUUACUAUCAAACAUGUGCUCCAGCAAUCAAAAGUGGGAAGAAGCUUCCAAAACAAGAAGAUCUAUGCAACACAGAGGGAUUAGCAAAACACCUGGCCAAUCUUGGAUUCAUGUGAAAAACCAAGUCCAUUCUUUCGUUGCGGGAGAUCGAUCACACCGUCAACAUGCUCAGAUAUAUGCAUAUCUGAACAAACUCAUUGGAAGAUUGAAGGAAAUUGGGUACUCGUGCGAUGUAAAAUUGGUGAUGCAGGAUGUUGAAGAAGAACAGGGUGAAGUGCUUCUUGGUUGGCAUAGUGAAAAGCUUGCAGUUGCUUAUGGCAUUAUCAAUUUGGCUUCUGGCAUUCCAAUCCGCAUCAUGAAGAACCUUCGGAAUCCUGUAGCAUUGUUGGUGGAAACAAGGCAAAUAUCCAUUAGAAGAAGCCGAAAUCUUAACAUUUUGCUUCUUGGCUUGCAAAAGCUUACCUGGUGGAAUGAUUCAGAACUUUCACCACUCUAUUUUCCAUUAAUAAAAGAUAGCGAAUUGGCGAUGCGCAAUGGCUCAGUCUUACAAACCACCUCAACAGAGAUUUAAAAACACGACACGUUUAAUGGAGACGGAUUGUUUACACCUUCAAAUGUUGUCACGCAUGUGCAGCCACUGAAGCUAUAGUUUGUGAGAAACAAAUAGAACAUGAGAACACAACAGUUUCAAAAGGGAAAUCAAUAUGCAAUGACA